AUGUUGAAGAAGAGCAGGUUUUGCUUAUGCCCUAGCGGUUAUGAAGUGGCAAGCCCCAGAGUUGUGGAAGCCAUAUAUGCUGAAUGCAUUCCUGUGUUGAUAUCUGAUAGCUAUGUUCCACCAUUCAGUGAUGUUCUUGAUUGGAAGUCAUUCUCUGUCCAAAUACAAGUGAAAGACAUACCAAACAUCAAAACAAUACUAAUGGGAAUAUCUCAGAGUCAGUAUUUGAGAAUGCACAGGAGAGUGAAACAGGUUCAAAGGCAUUUUGUGGUAAACGGACCCUCCAAGAGAUUUGAUGUUUUCAAUAUGAUUGUUCACUCUAUUUGGCUCAGGAGGUUGAACAUUCACAUUGAGAAUCAGGUUGAAUAG